AUGGACAUUACAGGCUACGCGCUCGUCACUGGCGGAGCAAGUGGCAUCGGCAGAGCUUGCUGUCUGGCCUUUGCAAAGGACGGUGCUCGCGGUAUACUUGUGGCAGAUUUGAAUCUUGAGGGAGCACAACAGACAGCGGCUGAGGCCAAGGACGUUGCGACCAACCCGAAGUUCCGGGCCGAGGCCAUUCAUGCCAACGUCAGCAACGAAGAAUCCGUGAAAGCCGCUAUUGAUCAUGCCAUCAAGUCCUUUGGCCGUAUUGACUACGGAGUCCACUCUGCCGGCAUUUCUGGAGGCACGUUUGACCCUAUCGCUGAGGCGAGCUUCGUCGACUUCAAGCACUUGAUCGACGUCAACGUCAAUGGAACAUUUCUGUUCAACAGCCUACUUUCCGCCGCCAUGAAGGUCCAGGAGCCUCGGCAAGUGGGUGAUCCCGCGCGUGGUACUACCAGAGGGUCCAUCGUGAACCUGGCCUCCGUCUCGUCCUUCAUGGCGGUCCCAAACAUGGUCCAGUACACUACUUGCAAGCAUGCCAUCAUCGGCCUUACCAAGACCGCGGGUGAGCAUCUCGAAACACUCCAUUUCGGCUUGGGUUCACACUGA